GUAGCCUCAUAAGGGAGGAGACCAGAAAUAGUCAUUUCUUCAUCGUUGUACUGCUAUUUCUGCAGCGUGUCUGCAAUUAUUAUUAGUACUAUUUUGUAUUAUUAGUGUGAACAAAAAAUAUUUCCAAGACUUGAUUUAGAAUAAUAUCAAGACUCUAUGACUUAGAUCCAUUAUCUUUCCCAUUUCUGUUCUUGGUAAUUGUUCUUACUAUAGUACCAAGCCAACAGAAACCUCAAAAAACAUUUGCCAAAAGAACAAAAAUUUCACCUGCUUUUGUUUUCUGCUAUUUUUGAGGCUCUGAUUUUGGUUUUGGUUUCGGUUUCUUCUGAAGCAGCUUUUGAUUGAUAUCAUAUACAGAAGGUCACUGUUGCAUCCUAAAGUUAUGACUUGCUUCCCUUCUUUAUUCUGUCGAAAACAUCAUCCAUCAACUAGGCAUCCGUCCGAAUUUGAUGAUGAGCUCUCUGGUGUCAAGAACGUUAUUCUUUUCUCCUAUAAAGAGUUAAGAAUUGCCACUGAUGAUUUUAGUCCUGUCAAUAAAAUUGGAGAGGGUGGAUUUGGUUCUGUUUACAAGGGAAGGCUAAGAAGUGGAAAGAUGGCUGCUAUAAAGGUCCUUUCUAGUGAAUCAAAGCAAGGUGUCAAGGAGUUCUUGACAGAAAUUAAAGUAAUUUCAGACGUUGAGCAUGAAAAUUUAGUCAAACUCUAUGGCUGUUGUAUAGAAGAUGAUCACAGGAUAUUGAUCUACAACUAUCUUGAGAAUAACAGCCUUGCUCAAACACUUCUCGGUGGAGGUCACAGUAGCAUCCAGUUCAGUUGGCGAACACGGACUAAAAUCUGCAUUGGAGUUGCAAAGGGGCUAGCUUAUCUUCAUGAGCAAGUGAAGCCACAUAUAAUUCACCGUGAUAUCAAAGCGAGUAAUAUUCUCCUUGACAAAGACUUGACACCCAAGAUUUCAGAUUUUGGCCUGGCAAAGCUCAUCCCUCCCAACAUGACUCAUGUUAGUACACGCGUGGCUGGAACCAUAGGUUAUUUGGCACCAGAGUAUGCAAUUAGAGGCCAAGCGACUCGUAAAUCAGAUGUUUACAGUUAUGGUGUUCUUCUGAUAGAAAUCGUCACUGGAAGAUGCAACACAAAUACACGUUUACCAAUUGACGAACAAUAUCUCCUUGAAAGGACAUGGCAAGUCUAUGAAAGAAAGGAACUGAUAUUGCUCGUAGACACGUCUCUGGACGGGGACUUUGAUGCUGAACAAGCCUGCAGAUUCUUGAAAAUUGGGCUUCUCUGCACUCAAGAUGCGUUAAAGCUUCGUCCAUCCAUGUCGACUAUUCUCAAGAUGCUAACUGGCCAGAUUGAGGUCGAUGACAAUAAGAUAACAAAACCAGGCUUGAUCUCUGAUUUCAUGGAUCUCAAGGUUAAAACUGCUCCUAAACCUCGCCCUGAACAAAUUAACGCGGCAUAUGAUUAUGUAUUAUCCUCAGGAUCUCAAUAUUUAGACAAUUCAACUGUGCCAUCCACGAGUUCUUCUCAAGCUACCACGACGUUCACAACUGUUGUAUAUGAUCGAAGCAUUUGAGCCAGUGGCGGAGCCACCUUAUAGGAAGGGUGACACCCCUUCGCAGGAAAAAUACACUGUGUAGCUAGUUAAAAAAUUAUGUAUUGACUCCCCUAAAUUUCCUGGUAUGUUUACUUUUAUAAAUUUUGACACCUUUUAACGAAAAUUCUGGCUUCGCCACUGAUUUGAGCAAAUAUAUUCUGCCACCUCAAGAUAUGGAUCUACAAGUGGUGUGAAGGAAAAAUUCUGGAGGUAGAGGGAGAAAAAUAGUUUGUAUUUGGUUGAAUAUUACUUUCAACUUUUCUUCAUUUUUUUGUUUCUGGACUUGGUGUUUUUUGUAUCUUGAGUUGAUUAGCAUCUGUAAAUUGUUCACACGUUUUAUGUGUAGUUGUUAGAAAUAGUGUAUGUUGUAAAUUUGAGGUUUUGAAUUCAAGAGAUGUAACUCAUUAGCUUGAACUUGGUAUAAUUAAGUUCCAUGUGUAUAUUUCUGCA